AUUACACAAGUAGAAGAACAAACCAGCUACUCAGGUACGCACUACACUAGACGCUCCUCCCUAUUUAGCAAAUAUGCCAUCCUUUGUGGCGCGUCGGAAAAAACCAGAGCUCGUGCUACCGGCGCAAGCAACACCGCACGAGACUCUGGCUCUCUCCGACGUUGACGACGCCAUAGACCUGCGAUUUCUGCAGCCUGCCAUCGAGUUCUUUCGUGCUGUCGACAUCGACAUUGAUGACCACGGGCUGGGGCGGCCUGCCACAGCUGCCAAGGUAGUCAAGGCGGCCCUCGCGAAGGCUCUGGUGCACUACUACCCGCUGGCAGGCCGUCUCCGGGAGGCUGCUGGGGGAAAACUAGCCGUCGAGUGCACAGGGGAAGGCGUCGUGUUCGUGGAGGCGGAGGCAGACGUGUCCAUGGAUGAGCUCGGCAAGCCGUCGCCUCUGCCACCAUACCCGUGCGUGGAAGAACUGUUGUGCGAGGUGGGCGACCCUAGGGUUGUUCUUGGAGUUCCCUUGUUCUUCAUGCAGGUAACCCAGCUGAGAUGUGGAGGAUUUGUGAUUGGUCUUCACAUAUGCCACAACAUCGCCGACGGCUACGGCACCACUCAAUUCCUGAAAUGCAUCGCCGACUUGGCUCGUACCGGUGGUGAUGCCUCCCAAAUCGUAUUGCCCGUGUGGAAUAGAGAGAUCCUGACCGCACGCAUCCCACCGCACAUAAACCCAGAAUUCGUGGGAUUCCUCCAAAGAUUAGGCAGCAAAGGCGAUGAUGUUAUGUUGUCAACACCGCCGGAAGAAAUGGUCGUCCGCUUCUUCCUCUUCGGCCCAGAAGACAUCGCAGCACUACGUAGCCACCAUGCCCCCGCACAUCUUUCGCCACCAGCGACAAGCUUCGAGCUUCUGACCGCGGUCAUGUGGCGUUGCCGCACGGUGGCGCUCGGCUAUGAGCACCACCAGCGGGUGGGCCUAAUUUUCUCUAUGAAUGUGCGCGGGGGUGGGAAGCGCCAUGGACUCGUCCCGCAUGGGUUUUACGGCAACGCACUAUUCUACCCUGUGGCAGACACGACCGCCGGAGAGCUAUCUGGCAACCCGCUUGGCUACACACUCGGACUCAUCCGUGAGGCCAAGCGCAACAUGACAGACGACAACAUGGAGUCCAUGGUGGAUUUCAUGGCAUCUCUACAUGGGCGGCCACCUCUCACCAUUGACAAAAUGUAUGAGGUCUCUGACAUGAAAUGGAUUGGACAGGAGGCACUGGACUUCCGAUGGGCGAAGCGAGUUGGCGGCGGCUUACCCAUGGUGGGGGACAUCUCCUUCGACUCUGUGAGUUGCCACAUGAGGUGUAAGAAUGGCAAGGGUCAGGACGUGAUCGUGAUAAACAUGAUAUUGCCAGGACCUGCAAUGGACAAGUUUGAGAAGGAGAUUGCUGUUUGGGUGUGCAAUGGACAAGACGAAAAGUAGUGGUCCGGCUCAAUUCGAUCAGCCUCAUACACCCCUACUAAAAUAAACCCCAGCGAGCAAGUGCUUAAUCACCAUGUCGUUUUGAGUUUGCGACUAUGUAGGUGAGGUCGUCGUAAAUUUGUAAACUUCUAAAUAAAGUGCCCCCUCUCAAUAAAUUAUGUUUAAAUAA